UCGUUUACACAUGCGUAACAAAACCGUCUGGCAUCUUCAAGUGAUUUUUUAUUUAUAAAUUCAUCCCCAAUUUGUGCUUUAGGGGCUUUUAUCCUCGUCAUGUUGAAGUCAAAAACCUUCGUUAAGAAGACCCGGUCGGGUGGGGUGGUGAAGGUAGUGCGUGAGCAUUAUCUCAGAGAUGAUAUUUGGUGUGGAAGUGAGGUUUGCGCUGAAUGCAAACAGGAGACUACUGUGCUGCUACAGAAGGACGCGUGUAUCGAGAGCAAUCUCUGCACUUAUCCGCAUUAUUUGGUUCCUGACACGAAUGUGGUUCUACAUCAGAUUGACGUGCUAGAAGAUUCUGUGGUCCGUAAUGUGAUAAUCCUUCAGACAGUACUGCAGGAAGUACGCCAUCGCAGUGCACCUGUCUACAAACGCCUGAAGGAUAUUAUACACGAAAAAGAGAAAUACUUUUACGUUUUUACCAACGAACACCACAGAGAGACUUUCAUUGAGCGUGAACCGGGGGAGAGCGCCAAUGACCGCAACGAUCGUGCAAUCCGCGAGGCAGUCAAGUGGUACAAUCGCCAUCUGAAAACUCUCGAUUCGGGACCAGACGGUCUCAAAGUGGUCCUGCUCACCAACGAUCUAGGGAACAAACAGAAAGCACAGGAGGACAACUUGAUGGUCUAUAAAUUUGAGGAAUACGUCAGAAGUCUUAUAGCAAAUCCUGAGCUUGUGGACCGUCUUGCUUUGUCCACUGAUGAUAAGAAUGAAAUUACAAGCAGCAAAGUAUUGUUUCCAGAACACCUUCCUCUGUCCAAGAUCCAGGCAGGAAUUAAGUGCGGCUCCUUUGUUCAGGGCACCUUCCGAGCCAGCAGGGACAACUACCUGGAGGCCACGGUUUUUGUCCAGGGAGACGGAGAGGACAGCACAGAGAUUCUCAUCCAGGGUCUUCAAAACCUCAACAGAGCCGUGCACCAGGAUGUGGUCGCCGUGCAGCUGCUGCCACAGAAUCAGUGGGUGUCACCUUCAGCAGUUGUGCUACAAGACGACGGCGCGGCAAAGGAUGAUAAUGCCGAGGAGGAUGAAGAGGAGAAAGUGUUAAAGUUAUCAGCAGCAGAGGCAGCCAGGAAACCAACAGGUAAAGUUGUGGGAAUCAUCAAAAGGAAUUGGAGGCCAUUCUGCGGCAUGUUGAAUCUCUCCCAAAUCAAAGAGUCCACUCGCCAUCUGUUCACCCCGGCAGACCGCCGUGUUCCACGCAUUCGGAUUGAGACACGACAGGCSUCUGCACUUGCAGGCCAAAGGAUCAUGGUGGCCAUAGAUGGCUGGCCCAAAGACUCCAGAUACCCAAAUGGUCACUUUGUCCGCAGUCUGGGGAGCGCAGGAGAGAAGGAAACCGAGGAGGAGGUGCUGCUUCUGGAGCAUGACGUUCCACAUCAGGCCUUCUCUCAGGCUGUUCUCAGCUUCCUUCCCAAGAUGCCGUGGACCAUCACACCAGAGGACAUGGCGAAGAGAGAGGACCUGAGGCAUCUGACAGUGUGCAGUGUGGAUCCUCCCGGUUGUACAGAUAUAGAUGAUGCCCUUCACUGUAGAGAACUGGAAAACGGAAACCUGGAGGUGGGAGUUCACAUCGCUGAUGUCAGUCACUUCAUCAGACCUGGCAAUGCGCUGGACAAAGAGGCUGCCAACCGUGGUACCACAGUGUAUUUGUGCGGCAAAAGGAUAGACAUGGUUCCUGAGCUGCUCAGCUCCAAUCUUUGUUCUCUACGCUCCAAUGUGGAAAGGUUUGCUUUUUCGUGUAUUUGGGAAAUGAACCACAAGGCAGAAGUUUUGAAAACUAGGUUCACAAAAAGUGUGAUCAAUUCCAAGGCAUCUCUGACUUAUGCUGAGGCCCAGAUGAGGAUAGAUGACACCAGUAAGAAUGAUGACAUCACUGAAAGCUUACGGAGACUCAACAAACUCGCCAAAAUCCUCAAGAGGCAGAGGAUAGAGAGCGGGGCGCUGACACUGUCAUCCUUAGAGGUUCGGUUCCACAUGGACAGUGAAACCCACGACCCCAUAGACCUGCAAACAAAAGAACUCAUGGAGACAAACUCCAUGGUGGAGGAGUUCAUGUUGCUGGCCAAUAUUUCAGUCGCAAAGAAGAUCUAUGAAGAAUUUUCUGAGUGUGCUCUGCUGAGGAAACAUCCAGCACCGCCUCCGUCGAACUAUGACAUCCUGAUCAAGGCUGGAAAGUCCAAAAAUGUGGACAUCCACGUCAAUUCAGCCAAGGCACUYGCCGAUUCCCUCGAUGUCGCCAAAGUGGAUGGCUUUAUGUAUUUCAACACACUCCUGCGCAUCCUGGCCACGCGCUGCAUGAUGCAAGCUGUCUAUUUCUGUUCAGGCAUGGACAGCGACUUCCACCAUUAUGGUCUGGCCUCCCCCAUUUAUACACACUUCACAUCACCAAUUAGGAGAUAUGCAGAUAUAAUAGUGCACCGCCUGCUGGCAGUGGCUAUAGAAGCAGACAACACCUACCCUGAUCUGAUGGACAAGCAUAAACAGUCGGCCCUCUGCAACAACCUCAACUACAGACACAAAAUGUCUCAGUAUGCACAGAGGGCAUCAGUGGCCUUCCACACACAGUUGUUCUUCAAGACUCGAGGCAUACUGAAUGAAGAAGGAUUCGUUCUGUUUGUGAGGAAGAAUGCAAUCAUCGUUCUUAUCCCAAAGUUUGGUCUGGAGGGAACAGUCUUCUUUCAAACUAAAGACAAAAUGUCACCCAACCUCGUUUUUGAUGAAGCGGGUCCAACUCUAAAGGUGGAGCAGCACACAUUUCACAUAUUUGAUAGGGUGAAGGUCACUAUCAGCCUAGAUGCCUCCAACAUUCAGCACCAGAAGAUCCGCAUGGCUCUAACAGAACCUGUGAUCCCCGGUGUUAGUGUUCCUGUCCCUGAGGCUGAACCACAAGCCAAGAAACAGAAACUGGACUGCUGAUGGAGAAAGCAGUGUCAUAGUUCACCCACCAUGUUGUAAUGUACCRUAGAGGAUAACUGGAGCAAGUAUGCAAAUCAUUUGGCUAAAUAUGUCACUGCUCCAAUUUCAUACGCUCUUUUCCUUUAUCAUUCAAUGAAUUGAAGAAUUUAUUGGCAAAACAAUGUGUUAGUUUUUUUGCCUUCAUGGUUAUGCUUUUUUUUUUAAAUAGAAUAAAAAAACUGUUUCCUGCUUA